UUUUAUUUACUGUGAUAUUUUUGUCCACCUUUUUGUCACAAAAGGCUGCUAAGGAAGAGAGAAUAUAGCUUUCUAGAGAGUGAAAGAGUGUAGUGUAAAAAUGGAGACCACGGUUUCUGAAAUUCAAGUAGAAAGCAAGGAUGAGAAGAGAUCAGCAGAAGUUAGUCUUCAGGAUGAGAGGCAGGAGGAAAAAGCAUCCAUGCUUUGCUUCAAGAGAAGAAAGAAAGCCGUCAAAGCACUGAAGCCCAAAGCUGGCUCUGAAGCUGCUGAUGUGGCAAGGAAGUGUCCCCCAGAAGCAGGAGCUUCUGAUCAGCCACAGCCCCCAGGAGGGGCCUGGGCCUCAAUCAGACGUCUUGUAACAGGCAGGAAAAGGUCAGAUUCUUCAAAGCAGCAAAAGGCACUUGAAGCUGAAGUACAAAGUGAAAUAAAUGCUGAGGACGUGGAUCUUUCUAAGAAAAAGGCAAAAUCCAGACUUAAGAUUCCCUGCAUAAAAUUUUCAAGAGGGGCUAAAAAGGGUUAUCAUUCCAAAAUUACAGAAGACUCAGACUGCAGCAUCAAAGUCCAGGGAGAGGCUGAAAGUUUGGAUAGACAAGCUCAGACCCAAUCAAAUGAUCAGGCGACAAAGGCUAAGUGGGCCCAGGAUCUAACUGAAGGCAUCUCACAGAAAGAUGGUGAUGAGGUCUGUGAAUCAAAUGCGAACAACAGCCUAACUUCUGGAGAGAAUGUGAUUCCAGUAGAACUUGGACUAGAUAAUGGGCAUUCUGCUAUUCAAACAGGAAUUCUAAUCCUUGAAAAAGAAUCUGAAACAAUUGAGGUAAAACAAGAUGUUCAACCUCAGCAAGCAAGCCCACUUAAAAUUUCAGAUACAGACCAUGAGCAACCAGUGAUUUCUGAUGUUUCUCCUUCACCUGCAAUCCCAGAUCAACAAACUGUGGAAGAAGCCAGUAACAGUAUCCUAGAACAUGGACCAAAUUGGAAAGACUAUGAAAGUAGAGAGAUUGUAGCUGAAUCGAAUAAGCUGAAAGAAACUGAACUGAGCCAGGAACCAGAUGUUAAAGAAAAUGGGAUCAAUACAGAGAAACCCAAAUUGGAAGAAAGCAAAAAAAUGGAGCCAAUUGCCAUUAUUAUUACAGACACUGAAAUCAGUGAAUUUGAUGUUAAGAAAUCUAAAAAUGUCCCUAAGCAAUUCUUAAUUUCAAUUGAAAAUGAGCAAGUAGGGUUUUUUUCUAAUGACAGUGGUUUUGAGGGUAGAACUUCAGAACAAUAUGAAACACUCUUAAUAGAAACAGCUUCUUCUCUCGUGAAGAAUGCUAUCCAGUUGUCUAUAGAACAGCUGGUUAAUGAAAUGGUCUCCGAUGAUAAUAAAAUAAACAAUCUUCUACAGUGAAUUAAUUUAUAGAUCAUUGGAGGAAAAUAAAACUUGAUGAGUUAUUUUA